CAUUGGAAAAAGGGCAUGGUCAUCCGCCAAGGACAGCCCAUACAGCUACCUCCUAGAUGGAGCAUGAGCAGCGAAGAAGCAGUGGAAGCAAACAUAGAAUCCAUCCAGCACGAACAAGCCAUCUACCGACGCCUAGGCAUGUAUAUGGAAUCGUCCCUUGCCUUCAAGUUAGGUUCUUCGAGACAGCCACUCAGCUCUGCAUUAUGGAAAAUGGCGGUCUAAAUCCAUACCUACGUCGAAAUAAGCCGCCUAGCUCCCUUCAAAUCUCUUUGCUUCGGGCGAUGGCUCUUACUCUCGCAUAUAUCCAUAAUCAGAAAGUUAUCGUGACUGAUAUUACCUGUCGUAACUUUCUGCUGGGUUCGAAUUUGUCGACCGAGAUGCGUAAUUACGAAACUCUUUCGAUGUGUUACCUGAUACACAUAUGGAAAAGGCCGACCUUAGAGGUUAUUCCAUACAGACCGAUAUUGGGCAGCUAGGGGCAGUGAUAUGUGAGCUGGUGGUUGGAGAAGUGUGAGUUUGAUAUCUUCAGAAUGCCCUAGAUAAGCUUAGUUGUGGCAUAUGGCCACGAAGGGAUGAUGUUCCCAGUACUAAGAGUGUUUGACUUGGUUCGAUAAUUGAAAGGUGCGGUUGGACCGAGGGCGCAUUUCCCAUUGC